AUGUUCUCCAUCUCCACCUCAUUCCUCCCCACGCGCCACCACCUACUAUUAACGAAUCCUCGAAAGUUCUCUUCUCCGCCAAAAUCUCUCUCAAUCUCCGCACUUAUCCUUCCCCCUUCCUCCUCCUCGCCUCCACAAAAACAACAGCUAUACCAACCAUUCAGGCCACCCCCUUCCCCUUUACCCGCAAAAUAUCGUUCUCUUGACACCAAUGCCCGCAUGGAAGUACUUAUCAAUCGUAUGGGACUCUGGUAUGAAUAUGCCCCUUUAAUCCCUUCUCUUAAUCAAGACGGAUUCACCUCUGCCAAUCUUGAGGAAAUUACUGGGAUUCCGUCUGGCGAACAGAAUCGACUCGUUGUUGCAGCCCAGGUCAGGGAGUCCCUUGUUCAAUUUACGGAUCCAGAUACUGUGGCAUAUUUUGAUCCCGCGGGAUUCUCUGAGCUUCUGUACGAAAUUCGGCUUUUGAAUAACCAGCAACGGGCAACUGCAGCGCGGUUCAUUGUAGCAAACAAGUUUGAUGGGAAACAAACUCAGGAAUUGGCGAGGGCAAUGAAGGAUUUUCCCCGCAGGUAUGGAGAUAGAGGAUGGGAUAGUUUUAAUGGGAAAUUGUCGGGUGAUUGUUUGGGAUUUAUGUACUUUAGACAAGCCCAGGAGCAUAAAACAGCUUCAUCCCCGGAGCUAAGGAAGGCUGCUUUGGAGAGGGCUUUAGAAGUGGUGGAUUCGGAUAAGGCGAAAAAGAAAGUGGAGGAGGAGCUGGAGAGGAAGGAUGGUGAAGAAAGAGGUGCUAGUGAUAUGGAUCCAGAUGGUUUGGUGAGAGUGCCAGUGGUGAGGAUGGCAGUGGGGGAGGUUGCAGAGUCGAGCGUGGUGGCGAUUUUGCCAGUUUGCAAGGUGGAGGAGGGGGAAAUUGAGGUGGAGGCAGCGCCAUGGGAAUGUGGAAUGGAGGGGGAAUUUGGGGUAUUGGAGGCGGAGAAGGGGUGGACUAGGUGGGUUGUGUUACCCGGAUGGGAGCCCGUGGCAACGUUGAAGAGAGGAGGAGUGGCGGUGUUGUUUCCAAAAGCGAAGGGAAUUCUCCCAUAUAAGAGUAAGAGGAGGGAAGUCGAGGAAGAGAUUUUGGUGGUUGCAGACAGAGGUAGGACGGAAGUUUCAGUAGAUGAUGGAUUCUAUUUGGUUGCUAGUGGUGGCAAUGGGAUUCAAGAGGAGGGGUUGAAGGUGGAGAAAGGUUCCAAAUUGAAGGAAAGUGGGGUGACGGAGAGCUUAGGGACGGUGAUUUUGGUGGUUAGGCCACCACGAGAAGAGAAUGAAGAUCAAUUGGCUGAUGAUGAUUGGGAAUAA